GCCAUGAAAAAUUAAGCAUUUCAGAAACAUCUUCAGAUGUCAAAAAAAAUAAAGGAAAGAGAUUGGAAAACAUUCACUACAGGAAAGCCAGGUUGCCAUUCAUUCCUGAAGGGAGCUGCAUUAGUAAAGAUAAUGCAGCUACUCCGGUCUCUGAAGCUGUGAACAUUGUGGCUGAAGAUGACAUCUUACCACCUGAAGAUAAACCAGACCAGGAAAUACCGUGGCAGAAGGAAUUAGCUGAAGAAGCUACUUCAUCAUUUAGUACUCCUAAUUUGACUAGUGAGGUUGACAAAUCCUGCUCAGCACUUGUGUUAGAAGAUGUAUCUUUAACCAAAAUGGCUAAAGAAGAGCUGGAACCUCUGUGUGAACCAACAAUGCAAGACAACAGUAAGACAGCCAGGGAGGACUGCACAGGGGUCAGGAAAACUGACCCUCCCUCACAAAAUGAGGUGACUGCAGGUCAGUAUGCCACAAAUUUAGCAGAAUCUGUUCUUCAGGAUGCAUUCAUUAGACUGUCACAGUCUCGGCCCAGUUUCAGUGAGGAGGCUGCAGUCAGCAUCUCAGUAGGAAGCUCCUGUAAGUCAGAAGAUGUAUCUGCUGCCCGAUCGUGGAAUGAACUUCCAAAGAUUGUCAUAGUGCAAAGUCCAGACAGUUCUGACAACAUACCUGACUGGCCAGGGUCUGCCUUCCCCAGCCUGUGCCACUGGGCUGAGUCACAGGGCUCUGCUGAAGUUUCAGAUUACUUUGAGGAAGAACAUUCAAAUGGACAUGACCAGAGUGCAUUGGAAGUGGCUCUGGCUUGUGCAGCCACUGUCAUUGGAACCAUUUCCAGUCCUCAGGCUGCAGAGAAAUUCAGACGGGACCAAGACGUCUCAGACUCUAGAAACGGAGUGGUUGUUAAUGAAAAGGCACACACAGCAUCUUCACAGCUACUUGAUGACUGUGCUGGCACAGAAUAUUCGUUUCCAUCUGCGCUGUGUGGCAUGACUCAAGUAGCAAGUGCUGUAGCCAUCUGUGGUCUGGGGGAAACGAGGGAGGAGAAGUACCCUGCAGCUUCAAGUGGACUUCUGUCUGCUGCUCAGGCCUCUGCAGCCAUUACUCUGCAUUGUAGCAUAGCUAUAGGAAGCAGCAUGGAGAAGCUAAAUGAGAGCAUUGCAGAGGCACUUCUCAAAGAGGCAUCCAUCAUUUUGACGAAACCCAACACGUACCAGAAUGUAGGACAUUUUAUGGAAUCCAUAAACGGAAAAAUUAUGGAGACAGCAGCAAGGCCACAGAUUCCACAUGCUGAUGAAGUAAUCAGGGAUGAACUUGCACAAAACUUAUCCAAUAUUAUUCUACGACAUUCUAUGGAAGAGGUUAGGAAGAAGACACAGCUACACCCCCGUCCAGAAAAUGGCUCAAGUACACAAGACAUUUUCACAGAGACUGCAAAUGAGUUGCUUUUUAAACUAAUAUAUUUCACAUGCAAGAAGAUGAAUGACAUAAGGCAAGUUGAAGAGUGUUCUCCUCUCUUUUCUGAGGGCACAAAAGCAGAGAAAGUAACAAGAGCAGAAGGAUGGGCAACACCAGCAACAGCAUGUGAAACUUCACACAACCCCCUUGAUCUCUCUGCUGCUAAGCCAUUUGGUACGUCCUACAGCACUAGUACCAGCAAAGACCUUGUAAAUGCCACAAACACUUGGAAAAGUAGUAGGAGUGAUGUAAAUAGCAAUGAAGGUGCCACACUGAACUCAGAACCUAGUGGAUAUACAGGGCGUAACACACUUGAUGGAAAAACAUCUCCCAAGAAGAGAUACCUGAAAAGAACUGCACGAGACUGUUAUAAAUCUCCAAAUGAGAGUAAUAAUCUUAGUCAGAAGAAGGACUACAGAUCAUUUUCAGACAGAGAAAAUACCCUUGCAAACAAUGAGUGCAGGCAUGGUGUUCAAGAACAGCUGUCUUCCAGUGCCACCGUGAAUGCAGAAACCCAAGCCAAGCAUAAGUGUGAUUCUGUGCUAAAUAAUGAUGUUCAACUUUCCUUGUCUUUAUUAGGAAACCAUGUCUUGCUUCCUUCUCAGCCCGUGUUACAGGUGAAAAAUUCAAGGGACAAAUAUUGUAUAACAGAUUUUGCAGAAGAAUUGGCAGAAACAGUUGUCUCUAUGGCAACAGAAAUAGCUGCCAUUUGUCUAGAAAAUUCAAAUGGAAAGCAACCCUGGUUCUGUGCAUGGAAGAGAGGCAAUGAAUAUCUGGUGACCCAGAGUUUAUCAUGCAGAACCAUGAAAAGGAAAAAGGAAAGCCAUGGUAACGGUUCAGUGGUUCGGAAGCACAGGGCACCUAGACUCAGUGAGAUCAAAAGGAAAACAGAUGAGCAUCCUGAGCUAAAGGAAAGAUUGAUGAAUCGGGUAGUAGAUGAAUCCAUAAACCUUGAGGACACACCAGAUUCAGUCAAUAUCUUUGCAAAUGAAGUGGCUGCCAAGAUCAUGAACCUCACUGAACUCUCCAUGGUUGAUAGUAUCUGGCAAGGUCCAAACCACCCCAGGAACAGACUGCACUGUGAAAGAUGGAGCCGAGCCAAGGCCUCAAGCUGUGAGAGCAUACCAGAGGAGGACUCAGAUUCCAAAGCCUCUUUCAAUACCCUAGGCCUAACGAGCAGCUUUGGUCAGUCUUUAAGCCAGACAAGUUCUGUCUCAAAGCAGUCUAGUUGUGAAAGCAUUACAGAUGAAUUUUCAAGAUUUAUGGUGAACCAGAUGGAAAAUGAAGGAAGAGGCUUUGAUUUAUUACUGGACUACUAUGCAGGAAAAAAUGCAAACAAUAUCUUAACUUCUGCUUUGCAACAGGUAGCCAAGAAAAAUGGCCAUCUUAACGUGAGGCCAAAUUGCCCAUCCAAACAGUCCAGCACGGAAAGCAUAACAGAAGAGUUUUAUAGGUAUAUGCUAAGAGAAAUCGAAAAGGAAAAUAAAGAGAACUCCUCUUCCCCUCGGAAUUCCAAGGACUGGUGUGACAGUUUGCUGCCACCCUCUCUACGGUCACCUUUCUGCUUUAGGCAAUCAUCAAUGCCUGACAGCAGAUCAUCAGGCUCUAGGCUUACAGUUAACGUCCCAGUGAAGGCAAAUUCCUUAGAUGGAUUUGCCCACCAUCGCCAAGAUUCCUUAAGUGUGCAACAAGUCAGUACCGUGGGCUCUUCAGGUCUUUGCAAGUCUGACUCAUGCCUGUACCAAAGAUGCAAGGCUGACCAGAUCACAGAUAUGUUGAUUCAUGAGACAUGGGCAAGUUCUAUUGAAUCUCUAAUGCGCAAGAACAAAAUCAUAGCAGAUGAGGCAGAGGCUGCAGAGGCAGAGCAGUUUUAUAGUGAUUCCCCACCACACGUGGAACAAUAUGCAAAAAGACUGGCUGCAAAUAUUGUUGAGAGUGGUAAAAGUUUGAUUGUUGUGCAGCAGGAUUCCCUUGAUUAUACAAACCGGGAACAAGUGUUGGAAAGCAAACAUCCCCAAAGCACAACUCAGAUACAGUCAAAACCCAAAAUGGAAGAAGGAAAUUUGGAUGAGAAAAAAGAGCAGGUGAAGAUCCCUGGAAACCUUCCUGCAGGUCAGCACAGGGAAGUGCCUUUAAUUCAGAUAGAAACUGAUCAACGUGAUGAGCCAGAUAAAGACUCAGAGUCCUUAACUUCAUGUGGCCCCUCUGGAAAGGACCAUCCGAGCAAAGAAAAGCCUCCAGAAGCUUUGGAUGGGAAACACACAGUUUCCAGUUCCCCAGUAAAUAGCUUGGCUGACUUUAGUGAGCAGCAUUGCCUGAAGAUUGGUGGCACCAGUUUGUUUGCCUGUAUUGCAAUAUCAAUGUGCUUUCUUUAUCACCCUGCCAGCAACAGUCCCCAGAGCAGAUCGGAUGCUGAAAUCAUAGGAGAGACAAAAACAGCCGAAGAAUUUCCAAACCAUCUCAGCAGCAGUGAAGAAAGCACUGGCAGCUGGUCCCAGCUAGCUAACGACGAGGACAAUCCUGAUGACACAAGUAGCUACUUGCAGCUCAGCGAGCGAUCCCUGAG